CAUAACGCUACACAUUCUCCCAUGGCUGUAUGAUCACUGGAAUUAUCCGUGCUGUACAGUUUAAUUCUUUCCUUCCAGUUUCCUAUGCAAUCAAGCACUGGAGUUGUGAUAUAAGGAGUUGAAAGAAAGGCAGAGUUGUGCAUUUCUUGGCCCCUUCUGAAGAGAGUAUCAGCGCUGCAAUGGAUGAGCCGGUGCAGCAAGACGAUGAUGACUGCCCUGAGUUGGUGCCUAUAGAAAAUGAUAAACAAAUACCUGUCACCAUCAUCACUGGAUACCUUGGUGCUGGGAAGACCACACUCUUAAAUUUCAUAUUGUCGGAACAGCACAACAAGCGGAUUGCUGUUAUACUAAACGAAUUUGGAGAGGGGAGUGCCUUGGAGAAGUCUCUAGCAGUGAGCCAGGCCGGAGAGCUGUAUGAAGAAUGGCUGGAGCUUCGAAACGGCUGCCUCUGCUGCUCUGUCAAAGACAAUGGCUUGAAAGCAAUAGAGAAUCUGAUGGAGAAGAAGGGGAAAUUUGACUACAUCCUGUUGGAAACCACAGGACUCGCAGACCCAGGGGCUGUGGCGGCCAUGUUCUGGGUAGAUGCUGACUUGGGCAGUGACGUCUAUUUGGAUGGCAUCGUCACUGUCAUUGAUGCAAAGUACGGACUGCAGCAUCUAAAGGAGGAGAAACCUGAAGGCCUGGUUAACGAAGCAGCCAGGCAGAUCGCCCUGGCAGACCUGGCCAUCGUCAACAAGACCGACCUGGUGGAGCAGGAGGCCCUGCAGGAGCUCAGGGACACCGUCAGGUCGAUCAAUGGUCUCGUCAAGAUCCUGGAGACUCAGAAAUCAAGGGUGGACCUCUCUGAAGUCCUGGAUCUGCAUUCCUUUGACAGUAAAGACAGCGCAAAUUUAGCAGAGAAGCUGCGGCUGAUGAAGGACUCAAAGCCUCAUCUAGACAAGAGUAUACUGACGGUGACAUUUGAAUUGGACGGAAACCUUUCUGAAGACGUAUUAAACAUCUUUGUCCAGAACCUCCUGUGGGAAAAGAUGUUCCACAACAAAGAGGGCCUCCCUAUGACAGUCAUCCGCCUGAAGGGCAUCGUGGCCUUGGCAGGUAAAGCCCACCAGGUCAUGCUGCAGGGGGUCCAUGAGCUGUACGAGCUGAAUGAGCUGCCCCAGCUCUGGGGGGACGACCCCAGGAUCAACAGGCUGGUCUUCAUAGGGAGAAACCUGGACAAAGACAUUUUACAAGAGCAGUUCACCUCCACAGUUGUGGCCCAGGAGAAGGGAGCAUAAGAGGCUUCUAAUUUGUGUUAGAUUAGUUUGUGUUUGACUGCCCAUAUUGACAAUUGAUUGACUUGAUUGAUUUAAAGCAUUUUUCUGUGUUGCUUUGCGAUCAUGUUAAGGAAUUUUACAUGCACUCGAUGUUGACAGUGUGUAGUCCCAAUUCUCAAAUAUUAUCACACUGGUUAGGACCAAAGGCAUCCUCAGACAACCUUCUAGUAUGCAAUAUUUGCAUAUGUUCAUGGCCUGUGUAUAAGGUUUUAACAAAAGCAUAGAGUGUUUAAAUGAGUUGAGGGAUGUAUCACCAAUUAAAGAAUAUUCUUGGCUUAAAUUAGUACUUUUGUUAUUAAAUUAUUAAAAUAAAGAUCAUUUUAAACACUGUAUGCCUAAGUUUACU